GAAGACUGAUAAAAAAAAACUUCCCGUAGUAGAACAAUGGCGACUUGGGCCAAGUUAGGCGCUAGUUGGCGGAACGCAGUGAGAGGUUUGUGGCCUCUCAGAAGUGUAUGGUAUAGUCGUGCUGUUGGAGCGGGUCUGCUGGGUUCUGUUGUAACUGGCGGAUUUAUUCACUAUAACAAUGAACCCAGAUGGACACUUUGGCCACACAUCGUGUACGCGGAGGAGGUAGCGAAGAAAGAGGAGAUCAGAGUACCACAAGUGUCAAUGAGACGACUGCGGUUUAACCAGUUUGCCUCCAUGAUCUAUGAAGAGGAGCCAUACAUGACACCCAGAGACUUCCUCCAUUCAGUCUUGAUGGAGAAUGUGGAUUGCAAACUUCGGAAAAAGAUCCUGACCAAAGCAGAUGUGGACGAUAUGAUACGGGUGGCUUCCAGGGCUGAGGCAGGAAAUAACCUGUUAAGAGGAAUCGGAGACAAAGGGCUGAUCUCUUACACAGAGUACCUGUUUCUCCUCACUAUUCUUACAAAACCUCAAACAGGAUUUCAUAUUGCUUUCAAAAUGCUUGACAUUGAUGGCAAUGAGCAUGUGGACAAGAAGGAAUUUCAGAAGCUGAAGAAAGUUAUUCGACCGAGGAAAGAGCUGCUAAGGCAGGGUAGGACAGAGAUUUCAGACAGUGAUUAUGAGGUCAACACUACACUACAGGUUUUCUUUUUUGGGAAAAAUGGCGAGAAAAAACUCCACUACACAGAUUUUUGCAGUUUUAUGGAAGAUCUGCAGGCGGAGGUUCAAGAAGUUGAGUUCCUGCGGUUUUCUAAAGGGAUGAAGUCCAUGAGGCGGGAGGACUUUGCUGAAUGGCUGCUUCACUACACCAAUGAAGAGGACAAUGAGGCAUACUGGGACAACAUGAGGAAGAGGAUCCCCACUGGACAGAGUAUCACCUUUGAUGAAUUUAAAGCAUUCUGUCUCUUUACCAAUAAUCUGGAAGACUUCGCCUUCUCAGUAAAAAUGAUUAAUGAUGCCAACAAGCCAAUAGGAAUGGCUCAGUUUAAGCGAGCGGUGAAGAUAGCGACAGGCCACGACCUUUCAGAGAACGUUUUGGACACCGUUUUUAAGAUCUUUGACCUGGACGGGGACAACUGUCUGAGUGAUAAAGAGUUCCUCGCUGUGAUGAAAGACAGAGUACUUCGUGGACUCAGGGUUCAGCCCCAGCUGGGUAUUUCUGGUUAUUGGAAAUGUGUGAAGAGAGAGACACUGCAAGGAGCUCAAGAGGCACUCCGUGAAACUGGCAGCCCUGUCUGACACAGGAAGAGGUCUGCCUCUGAGUAUGUGGCUAGCCGUAUGUGCUAAUACUCGCAAUUCCAUUUACUUCUGGGGAGGAAAAUGGUACAUAAUUAAUUCCUUACAAGCACCAGGGCUUGUUAGUUGUACUGUCAGUUAAACCAUAAUCGUGUCCUUUGAAAAGUUUGCAUGGGUCCAGAGAAUAUUGCUUUUAAAGUGAUAUUACCUUUGACCCAAAACAUAUUAAAUAAAUACUUACAAUUAAGAUUAUAAACAAUCUUUUAUAUAAAAAUUGGUUUCAUGAUUGGUUUGUUUUCAGUUUUUUGUUUUAUUGAAAAUCUGUGAUGUGUUCUUCGGCCUUGAAUUUGUGAAAUGGCCUGUGUACACUCCAACAAGAUUACACUGUCUGUUCGUGAUUUUUCUUAUGUGGAUUGGUAACUAUUUAAUAGUUAACAUGUUUAAUUAUAUUUAGCCUUUAUUUUACUUGGGAUGUGGUAUUGUUUACAUAUAACCUCUAUGUAAAUCUUUUCUGUUAUAUAAGAUUAUAAUCUAAUCUAAUCAUCUAAUACAGAGUUUGAAUUAUGCAAUUAUUACCCCAAAACUCUAAUCUAGAACACUUUUGUACUGAAAUUAGUUGCUUUUGGGGCUGUUUUGUGACUGAAGAAAUUAGCGAUUCCAUUUUAAGUUAGCGCAUUGUAAAACCUUUUUAACAGAGUUUUGUCCUUUUUGAGUUUCAUUUGUGAAAUAGAAAUUAGACUAUAAAUACAA